AUGGCAACGAAUUGCGAGGACAGCAGUGGUUGCGGAGACAGCGGCGCCUCUCGGGAAGAAACCGUGAAAUUCUUCGUCAAUUCUAUGCUUGAUAAUAUUAUCAAUGCCCUAUCCUCGCCUGAUGGCCUCCCAUCAGUAACGUUGAAGCGCCGACCUACUUACUCUCAUUGCGUACUAGAGCCAGGAACUAGGGCUCUACAAGCCGAUGAGCAUGUUCAAGACACCGUUGUUACAUAUUCAUGGCCUGGAAAAACGGCCCGAGAUGCAUGGAGAUUCGGUAUUAUUAUGCGAAUUCUAGGAUGUGUCUCAGAAGCAAUACAACAAAAGUUCGUGGCUUCUAAAAGAGAUAUUUACUAUCUCGACCCUGAAUAUUUUGGCUCCCAACGCAUUGUUGAUCGCUAUAUUGAAGAUAUCGCAUACACUAUUGGAGUGGACCGGGCUGCGUUGCAUGUGACGGCAGCUGCAAAAGGCUUGACUGCUGGCCGCUAUGGUAUUAAAUUCGCAAAUGGGAGCUUGUUGAAUGUUGGAGAACAUAAUGAAGUUGUCUUAGUACACUACUCGUGUUUUCAGAGACCUAAUGGUUGUCAGGGCAUCCUUAUACCAAGAACUGAUGAUAUUAUUGGUUUUGAUUUGUCAGGCAUACGAUGGGUACUCGUCGUCGAGAAAGAGGCAGUGUUUCAUAGAUUGGUGACCUUGAAUUAUCAUAUUUUCUCCUCUGCCGGCGAAGGAAUUCUGAUAACAGGCAAAGGUUAUCCAGACGUGUCUACGAGGGCUUUUGCCAGAUUAAUACUCAACAAAAUCAUGUCUUCAAAUAUUGAUAACAGUGUCAGUCCUAGUAUGCCGUCUUUUCCUAUUCAUAUCCUGGUGGACGGUGAUCCGGAUGGCAUAUCCAUUAUGUCAACCUACAAAUAUGGAUCAAUGGCCAGAACCCAUGAAAAUUCAAGGCUCAAUAUUCGAUAUCUGGAAUGGCUUGGACUGAAAAUAUCAGUCGAGCAAAUAAGUGGCUCUCCUGACUGUUGUUUUAUCCCAUUGAGCUUGCGUGAUAGAAAAAAAUCGCAAACAAUGCUUUUAAACAACCCGGCAUUGUCGGAAGAGCAAGAGCCAGAAUGGAGGUUAGAGUUACAGAGAAUGUUAUUCCUAAACACUAAGGCAGAGAUUGAAAUACUGUACGAUCAUUCUGGGAGUAUAAGCAGGUGGCUUGAUCGGGAAUUGAAGGGCAAGGUUUUUUGA